UUGCACCGGCAUUGGUGCACAGCUUCGGGACGGCCAAGUAGUUCUCAAAUCGUCCUCUACGCUCUAGAGACCCUUACCUACCUCUGUGCGAAGUUUCAAGUCCUCCCUCUGAAGUGGCAUACCCCGAAAAUAAAAAGCAUCCUACAGAUUUCGGAUCCCCGACUAGAACUUAGAGUUAGAAGCUGAUUUCAGCAAUGAAAAUGUAGCUGCCGUUCUUGGAGGUCAAAGGUGUGCCGUUGGCGGAUCUGCGGAGUUCCCGGCGGCGUCUCUCCUGAAGGCGCAGAAACUACUGCGUGAUGCAGUCAAGGACAAGGAUAGUGGUGUGCAGAUCAGCGGAGGUUUAGGAAUAAAUAGUGAAAUAGGCGGACUCAUUAAUUUGUCUAACUUACUCUGCUGACGAUGGAUGAAGUAGGAUUGAAAAAGACAGUAGUAACGAACACGAUGGCGUUUAGCGGUGCAGGCAGCGGCAAAACUACGAUUGCCGGUACUAGUAUUAUGGUGGAAUACCGGAGGGUUAAAGAUUUGAUGCGGAAGGCCGACAAUCGUGGUAUUGUCCUUGCGUCGCCACUGUUUGCUGAGCGGCAAUACCUGGACUUGCUGCGUGGUCAUGCACAGGAACAGAACGGCACCUUCUGCAAAGGUCUCUUUGAGCUACUGGCAAGCCUGGUCACUGAUGAUGAAUCAGCUACGUUUCAAUUUCGCCUGACUCAAGAGGAUAUCUCGGAAGCUGUGAAGAUGCUCACGAUGUACAAAACCGACCCGUCGGUGGUGGAUUCCGUUUGUAACUUCUUGGACAUCGCAUUGAAUCGCCCAUCACCCAUAGAUGAUGACCAGCAGGUUCCCAUCGUGGAGCUAUGUCCGGGAAGGGAGUGUAUCGAGAUAUGCAGGAGCUUUGUAAACAUGAUGGAGCACGUCGACAGGACCAAGGUGAAGAACAACGCCAUCAAACGUUUCACAACGCUCAUCCUGCACAUGCGCGGCAUCAUCCAAGAAACCGGAGCAAUGCAAGCGAUCACCGAGUUGAACAUUGAUGUGUCGCUGUCCAAAGUCCUGUGCUACCUGGAGCCCUCCCGGGAUCUUGUCGAAGUCUGCGCCAAGCUGCUCAAGUUCUUCGUCACAGAUGAUACCUUGAGGCAUGCGCGUCGCCAGGGAGUGUCAGCCGCAACCGUGCAUGAACGAGCAGGCGCUGCCCUCGCGACCUGUGUUGAGGGUGAGGACGAACAGUGGGCGGACAAUCCUCAAAUGAGAACAGCAGUGCGAGAGCUGCUAUCUGCACUUGGUUACGUCCCUGCCUCCUCUCUAGUUACUCCUGCGGCAGCUGAUUCCGCCGACGUGACUCUCACAGCUCCCACUUCUGCUGCUGCUGCUGCUGCCACCUCGACUUCUGCAACUGCUGCCCCUGCUGCGGUGUCUCCCGCAGCUGCACCUGCUGCCAUAGCAACGUCGUCUUCGGACUCGUCGACUGGCACACAAUCUACAUCUUCUGGAGCAAAACGAGGUACGGGUCCGUCCAACAAGACCAUGCAUGAAGCUACGAAUAGGACAUUCAGCAGCGGUUGGACCAGAGUACGCCGUAUCCGCAUCAGCCUCUGCGGUCAGUUUGGAACCGGCAAGACGAGCCUGGCGGAUUCUCUCAAGAACAAGCAGUUCGUGCACAAUAUGCCGAGUACACCGGUUCUCAAUGUUGAUCACAGCAAUGUGCUCCACGGCGCAGGAAACCUUAAGGAUUGGGACUUCGGCGCUGCACUCCUCUGUGCUCCUGACAUACUUGACCAUGCUGAAGAUCUUGAGAAGAAACGCCAGCAAGAGCACGAGCAGCAACAGCAACCGGCUGGGUCUACAGAUCAUGAGGCAGCACCCAGCUCUGCUGAAUUGACACAGACCAUGAUCGAUGUCAUCUUGGCAAACCAAGAGCUGAUGCGAGACAUCGGCGAAGAAGAAGUGGUGGCGUCCAUUUGGGAUUGCGGCGGCCAAUCAAUCUUCUCAAGCCUGCAGCAUUUCCUUAUGGGUGAAGAUUACGUCAUCUAUAUUCUCUGUUAAAACGCCU